AGUGAAACGGUGUCGUUUUCUUGUAUAGUACCCUCUUCAUAUGAAAAAGAGGUUUUACUUUAAGGACUAAAAAAUAAGUGUCAGAAAUAAGAAGAAAUGUUAUCCAGAGAAGAAUUGAUUCAUCUUUUUGAUAGAUUCUCUACUCUUACCUCCCAGCCUGAUGUCAAGAAACGGAUUGCAGAUGCUGUCAAAGAUAAUCAGGAAGCUGUAGCUGUGACUACUGCUAUCCAGGAGGAAAUACUUAAGGAGAUGGGAGUUGAUCCAUCUUACGGUCUUGCUUGCUUGGGGAAAGUUAACGCGGAAUAUGAAAAUGACCAGGAUUUAAUGGUUCGCUUCUAUGGAUUUGUAGCAAGGGAAGAGAUAGCAUGUGAAGAAGCAGAGCUUGGACCGGAUGAAUAUUCCGAGAGAUUGCAAAUGCAACAAAAAUUACACGAACAGCAACUGGAAAUGUUAAAACACAUGCGUAAUUAUGGCGUAGAUGACCAGUCUGCUAUCUUAGAGAAGAUACGGCAGCAGAUGGAGAAAGAAGAUUUUGAAAGCGAAUCAUCGUUGUUGUCUGUGGCCGAAAUCCAGGACAUUAUUUCGAAUAGAUCAUAGAGGCCUUGUAUUAACUCAGUUGUUCGAAAGCAGUAGCCUGAAUCCCUAAUCAAUAACUGGUGCAAGACAACUUCAUUUGUAUUACGUGUAACCCUAUCUUCAAACUUAACAGUUUACAUUACUGUAUAAACUUUUGAUUCUAAUUCAUUUUUCUUUUAUCUCU